AUGUCUUCUGAUCAAGACCACAUCACCCUCAAUACCAGCGUGGUACACACGCUCGCAACAUCCAACCCCAAAGUCGCCGUCCUCAGCAGCGAGGCCAAACUCGCCACCGACGCCGAGCAUAACCUCUCAAUCCGGGACGCCAUCAAACGCUACCCCAAGGCCGUCGCAUGGUCCAUUCUGUUCUCCACUGCAAUCAUCAUGGAAGGCUACGACACUGUGCUCGUCUCCUCUUUCUUUGCUUAUCCUUCCUUCCAGAAAAAAUUUGGUAAACCAGAAGCCAAUGAUCCGGGCUCGUACCAGGUUUCCGCACCCUGGCAAUCGGGACUAUCGAAUGGGGCGCGCGUUGGGGAGAUUUUGGGACUGUUUAUCAACGGUAUUCUGGCGGAGAUGUUUGGCAUGAAGAGGACUAUGAUCGGCACGUUGGUCGCGCUCUGCGGGUUUAUUUUUAUUUCUUUCUUUGCCACAAACAUCCAGACGUUACUCGCUGCAGAGAUCCUCAUGGGCAUACCCUGGGGCGUCUUCCAGACGCUUACUACCUCCUACGCUGCAGAGGUCUGCCCCGUUGCUCUCCGCUGCUAUCUCACCACAUACGUGAACAUGAUGUGGGGAGUCGGCCAACUACUAGCUACCGGCGUGCUGCGCGGCCUGCUCUCGCGCUCCGGACAAUGGUCAUACCGCAUCCCCUUCGCGCUGCAAUGGAUGUGGCCCGUACCCUUAAUCUUGGGCAUCGCCUUCUCGCCGGAAUCACCGUGGUGGCUCGUCCGCAAGGGGCGGAUCGACGACGCACGUAAAUCGUUGCGUCGCCUCACUUCAUCCCCAACAGACGCUGAGCUGGACAACUCGAUUGCCAUGAUUAAACACAGUGAUGAAAUCGAAAAGGAGUUGUCGGCGGGGACGUCGUAUUGGGAUUGUUUCAAAGGCAUAAAUCUGCGGCGCACGGAGAUUGCGUGCAUCGCAUGGGUCACUCAGGCGGCUUCAGGGGCGUCGCUAGUGAGUUAUGCGUCGUACUUUUUUGAGCAGGCCGGGCUGCCGACGACUAUCUCAUUUGACUUUUCUAUGGCGCUGUAUUCGCUGGCUAUUAUCGGUGUUUUCUUCUCCUGGUGGGCCAUGGCAUAUCUGGGUCGACGCACCAUCUAUCUCGGCGGGCUCUCCGGUUUAGUAAUUGUGAUGCUGAGUGUAGGUAUUUCAAGUCUUGUGCAUACCAGCGCCGCCAAUUAUGCAACAGGCAGUUUGCUGCUUGUGUUCACGCUGGUGUACGAUAUUACCAUCGGGUCUGUCUGCUAUUCUGUUGUGGCUGAAAUCCCAUCUUCCCGACUCCGCACAAAGACUAUUGUGCUUGCACGUAUUGCGUAUAAUAUUCAGGGCACCAUAAACGGCGUUAUUACCCCGGACAUGAUCAAUCCAACGUAUUGGAAUUGGAAAGGGAAAGCGGGCUUUUUCUGGGCUGGAACCUGUUUUUUGUGUCUUAUAUGGACGUACUUUAGGCUGCCAGAACCGAAGGGGAGGACAUAUGCGGAGUUGGACAUUUUGUUUGAGCAGGGAGUUUCAGCACGAAAAUUUGGGAAGGCGACGUUGGAUAUUUUUGAGGAUGUGCAGGCAGUGGCAGUUGAGGAAGAGGGUAAGGCGGAGGUUUAG